CGUGGUUGACAGUCACAAAAAGGACCUCGACCUCUGAGCAUGAGAACUAAGUAGCUAGCUAGAAUUAAUUGUAGAGCAUAGAAUCAUACAGUGCAGCCAAGCCAACCAGAGAACUGAAGCAUCCUUCUUUAGUGUGAUUGAGUCAUGGCGUUUUUCGGGGUACAAGUGGUCCUCACCAUGAUCGUCGCCAGUUUCCUGCACAAGAUCUCUCCCUACUACUCUUUUGGUCGAUGGUUUAUCACGUUCCGAUUGACACGCUUCGUUGCACCCUCUGACGACUCACUACGACCACAUGUCUCCAUCGCUAACUCGAGUCAGAAAGGCAAACGAAAAAAUGCAACUGGAGCGAAACAAUCAGCUUCUGGAGGUGUGGCGUUUGGUGCAAAAGAUCGUCUAGAUCCGAAUUUAGUUCUUCCAAAGUCGUCCAAAAUUAAACUACCCGAAGUGGCAGUGGAUUAUUUCAAUGUCAUUCAAUUGCACUAUUCUAGUGAGCUUGAACGAAUGCUAAACCUGAUUCUUGCUGCUGUUUCAGUGGUGUGCAUAACAGAAGUGUAUUUCUAUCUUCAACCGAAUGAAGCUAUUGUACAAUACAAUCUGAGCACUGUUUGGCUGUUUAUAGUGUGUGUCUAUAUAAUGUAUGUCUUGAACUCCCUAACACGAGUCUACAUGAGCGAGGAACUGUCUCACCAGCGAUCAGUCUGCAUCGUCUUCUCAAUGCUCUUCUUUGUUCUCUCUCUCUUCAUCUUGCUCAUUGAUGAGGGAAUUCUUAAUCUGGGUCUGAACAAAACAUACUCCAACAUAGUCAACUGCUCGUCAAGACUUCUGGGUAGAUACUCUGAAAAUUCAACUGCUAAAAUUAUAUUUUUGCCAGUUUGGGCAUUCAAGAUGUCUCUUGCAUUAGGAGGAAGUUUUCUCAGUUACUUACUUAUCUUUCCUGGAUUGAGAUUUGCAGAUGUGCAUUUCAACGCUUUGAAGUAUACCACCAGCAAAAUAACAAAGUCUCUACUUCAUGCUGCAUACCUGUCUCCUUUCUUCUGUCUAUCACUAUGGAUACGACCUUUGAGCUCGGAUAUGGUAGCAGAGAGAAAUAAUGUGAACAUGUUUGGUGCAUAUGAGAUUUCGUACGAGAGUUUUAGAGUGUGCACAGUUUUGGGUGUCUGCUUGUUUCGAUUGGCGAUGUACAAGUACUACAUGCAGACGUAUUUGAACACUGCCAAAUGGAGAAUUGAAGAACUGAGGAGAGAUCAUGGUCGUGUUUCUGUCCGUGACUAUCGUAGUAAAAUCACGACCAUCUUCCUAUUCUACGGGGGAAUGGGUGUGCAGUAUCUAGCACCAUAUCUGCUGCUACUGUGUUCGGUACUGCUAUUGUUUGCAUCGUCCAGAAUGAACUACGACAGGUUAAUAACCGAGGCUGCUGCCGGUGGUGACUCAAACAUUUUUUCGUCGUCAGGGUUUGGUUUGAGCGUGUUUUUCGGAUGUUUUUCUUAUUUUAGUUGGUGGAUAUGUUUAGUUCAGAUUGUGACUACUGGAAUCGGUGCUGUAUUAAGAGAAUAUCUUUAAUAAAAUUAA